AUGACGGAUAAUAUGGAAAUAUCACCGCAAAAUUCGGACCAGGAUGAUUCUGACGACGAAAGAAGGAGAUCACGGGGGCGACGAGAACACCUGAUAAACCUGCCAUCACACCGAAGACGGACAAAAUCGGAAGUUGAUCAUGAUCAUUAUCAGAUGAUCAACGAUCGGAUAGUUGAGGAUAUAACGCUCGAUUUUAUGUACAAACCAAGAACCCUGACAAUACUUAGUUUCUUCUGCGCCGUGCUUGUUUAUCUGGCUUUCAGGAAUGAUACGAAUGCCGAUGAUAAUCUGUAUCAGGGUCUGCUUGGAGCUCUUUCUUUAUUUUUGGUCGUCUCAGCGUUGGCUUUCCCAAAUGGUCCAUUUAUUCGCCCUCAUCCGAUUGUUUGGAGAACCAUCUUCGGUCUCAGCGUUGCUUACAUGGUGCUUCUACAAUUUUGCCUAUUUUUGACGUAUGACCAAAUCAAAGCGAUGCUAGUUUAUUUUGAUCCGGUUGGGCUUUCUGCAGAGAAACUCGUGGAAAAAGAAUAUGCUGUCAAUUGUUCGGAUCUUUCUUGGGCGAGAGUCUGGAGUCAUAUGGAUAUUUUUGCCGUAGGGCAUUUCCUUGGAUGGGCGAUGAAGGCGCUGCUUAUUAGGCAUAAUAACAUUUGUUGGCUAAUAAGUUGUGCCUGGGAAUUUACAGAGGUUAUCUUCACUCAUUUGUUACCAAAUUUUGAAGAAUGCUGGUGGGAUGCAAUCGGCUUGGAUAUUUUCUUGUGUAAUGGACUUGGAAUCUUUGUUGGACUGAGGAUUUCCAAUUUCUUAUCGAUGAAGAGUUUUCAUUGGGAAAGCAUCAAGGAUAUCAAAUCCACCCGAGGAAAAGUUAGACGAGCUGUACUACAAUUUACGCCAGAAAGUUGGAGUCAAAAUAACUGGACGGAUGUCUAUGCAAUCAAACGAACAUUUGCUGUUUUUCUUUUCGUCAUGAUCUGGCUUAUCACCGAAUUGAAUACUUUCUUCUUGAAGCACAUAUUUGUCAUCGAUACGUCUCAUCCCGUUGUGUUCUGGAGGAUUAUACUUAUUGCUUUGAUCUCGGCACCCUCUAUAAGGCAAUACUAUGCCUUUGCUACGGAUCCGCGAGUGAAACGCCUUGGAAUGCAGUGCUGGGUGUAUUGCGCCGUGUGUGCCCUUGAAGCGGCUAUAUGUAUUAAAGUCGGAAGAGACCAAUUCCAACCGGCAAAACUCUUACUCAUAGCAGCAUGGAUUUUCUUCAUGUUUGCGAUGACUUUUGCCACUAUCCUUCUCUCAGUAAAGUGGGCGGAAAGGAACAAAGAUCUGACAAAGAAAGUCGAAGUCGAAGGAACAGAAAGACGGGCGUACAUCGAUAGUUCUUGCGAAAAUCUGGGCAUGCUAGACGAUGAAGUCAAAGAGCGGCGCCGACAGCUAGGCGUUGACUCCAAAAAGAAGUUA